AGAACCAGGUGUCCUCGAUGUACCUGCCGCACGGCUACCUCAGCUGCGGAGAGUCCCACGACACAGUGGUCCGUUUGACCCUUGACCUCCUCCACAUGCUCAGACACAGCCCCGCCAGUCAGAUACAGACGUUGUUGCUAUAUGGUCCACGGGGUAGCGGCAAAACUGCACUAGCAGCUCAUCUUGCAAUGGUUGGCAAAUUCUCCUUUGUAAAGUUCCUGUCAGCCUCAUCAGUGGUGGGGCGAUCCUCUCUCCACAAGAUGGAGGCCAUUCACGCUGCGUUCUCUGGUGCCUUCUCUUCCUCCUCCUCCUCCUCCUCCACUGACCUCUCCCUUGUUGUGUUGGACGAUCUUCAUCGUCUGGUGGAGUUCAUGAAAGUCGGCACUCAAAUCACAGUCUCUCACGAACUACUCCACACCAUCACCACUCUCCUUACAUCUCCCAUCCCUACCGGAUUGAGGGUGCUAGUGGUGGGGACGUUGACGGUGGAAGAGGGCGUGGCUCUGGAAGACCCUCAGUUCCUGGGUCUUCCCAAUCUCUUCCUCCAUCACCACCUCGUCCCUCUAUUGGACUGCGACGCCACACUCUCCUUCCUCAAUGCCAGCAACAUUCACAAAUUUGGGAGUGGCCAGUUCUCCCUGCCGUCCAACCUCCUUGUGUCAGUUCGACAGCUCCAUCAGGCCAUCCAGUGUGCCUGCGUCCAUGGCAGCUGCUCGUCCGAUCACAGAGAACCUUCUGUCGUCAGACAAGACCAUCUCCUGGACUGCAUCAUGGCCUCGGUUACCAGGCAAAUGGCAGCGCUGGACACGGAGCUGUGACCGUGUCUGAAUGACUAGUCAUCAUAUUUAUUGCAUAAACUGCAGCAAGUUUUAAUUUUCAGUUUCAUCUUGUCUACUACUAAGAAUGUGUUUUUUUAAUGCAUCGAGCUGCAUGAUGCAAGUACGCACUGUGCG